GCCACUCUCUUUUCAUCUCUCUUCUCUCCAUCUUCUAACAUAUUAUUAAGGGAACAAACUUUUCUUUAGCGGCAAAGCCCACAAACAAACAACCUAUCCACCAAUCGCAACUCAACACCUAUGACCUCACUCUCUUUCUUCUCUUGCUCAUUUCUCUUUCCCGUAGAUCCCUCUCUUGCAAGAAGCAGUAGUGAGAAAGAGCUGGCAUAUAUUUGUUCUCCAAGGCACUACUACUUUGUUGUUGUUUUCUUUCCCUUUUAGUUCACAGUGAAAAGAUUAAAAAAAAAAAGAAGCUAGCAAAGCACCAGUUUUUUUAACUCAGUUGGGUCUUUUUGCUUUUGCCGCUGUCUUUUGGUAUCUUUUUAGGCGAAGUCUUAAUCCCAUAUUUUUUGGGGUUAGUUUGAACUUCAAAGUUCCAAAAUUCACGGUAGAGUAUUGUUUUCUAUUUUGAAAUUUAAAAAGUUUUUUUUUUAAAAAAAAUUGUUAUGAUUUAGUACUUGGGUUAUUAUUGGAAUAAAAAUUAAGAUCUGCUUAUUUGUUGUUAUUGUUUCAAGAAUUUUCCUUGAGUUUUGGAAAGUUGCAAACUUUUCAAGAUUCCUCAAUUUGUUAAAAAAAAAAAGUUUUCUCAAGAUUCUAAUCGAAUGGCUAUUUGGUCAUAAAAUUCUCCACUUCUCUGCAUUUCCCAUUUGGUGAUUCUCUCUCUUUGAAUUCAAAGGGAGAGAAAAAAAAUUAAAGUGAGUAUCUUGUGUGUUUAUAAAUCAUCUUUGGCAUGCAAGUUAUUUGCUUUGAUUGUAUAGUGUGAUUACCUACAACUAUGAAUCGGGGUAUUGGAAUUCUGUAUCCGGCCUCGUAUUUGCAGAAUUCAAACUGGUUGUUUCAAGAAGGCGAGGGAACAAAAUGGACCCCUGAGGAGAACAAACAGUUUGAGAAUGCUUUGGCUUUGUAUGACAAGGAUACGCCUGAUCGAUGGCUGAAGGUGGCAGCCUUGAUUCCAGGCAAGACUGUGGAUGAUGUCAUCAAACAGUAUAGGGAAUUGGAGGAAGAUGUUUGUGAUAUAGAAGCAGGACUGAUCCCGAUUCCUGGAUAUAACAGUGAUUCUUUCACUUUAGAGUGGGUAAGUAAUCAAGGGUAUGAUGGAUUGAAACAAUUUUAUAGUCCUGGAGGCAAGAGGGGCACGGCGACUCGGCCUUCCGAGCAGGAAAGGAAGAAAGGAGUGCCAUGGACUGAGGAGGAGCACAGGCAGUUUCUUUUGGGUCUUCAAAAGUAUGGUAAAGGGGAUUGGAGAAAUAUCUCCCGCAAUUAUGUGACUACUAGGACGCCGACUCAGGUGGCUAGCCAUGCUCAAAAGUAUUUUAUUAGGCAAAGUACUGGAGGGAAGGAUAAGAGAAGAUCUAGUAUCCAUGAUAUCACUACUGUCAAUCUUCCAGAUGCCAAAUCUCCAUCACCAGAAAACAAAAGGCUAUCAUCUCCAGAUCAUUCAACCACAACCAUGCAAUCUCAGGCACAACCAAAAACGGCUGGCACGGUUAAAGGUUUAUUUGACUGGAAACAACAAAAUGAAGGAAUAGCUUCAGUUUAUAAUCCAGCAAAUGACAAUUUGUUGACGACACCUUUUUGUGGGAUAUCCUCACAUGGAUCCAAGCUGCAGGAGCAAAAUCUGCUUGGAGGAACACUUCCAGGAUAUCAGUUUGGUCCUUACAAUUUCAUUUUUCAGAUGCAAUCAAUGCAGCAUCAAUAAGGUCAUAGAUGAAGUGGAGCAUUUAGGGUUCUGAAGGUAUUGAUAUUCUAUAUGCUAUUCAGUAUGUUGGAUAACUUUGUCAAUUCUCUAUCAUGUAUUAUUGUGAAUAUGUCAUUGGGGGCUCAAGUUAGUCCAUAUUUAUUAGACUCUUGCAGAACGAUCACGUAGCAUAUGCUGUGAUUUUGCAUUCAAAUCUGAAUCAUUGAACCAAAAGGAAGCUUAUUUAUGUGAUGCUUGACUUUUGAUUA